CCUGGUUACCAUCUUGGUUCCUCCUGAGGGCCAGAGGGGCGUGCCUUAGGUGUCACUGGGCGGAGGUCUUUCGGGUUCCCGUCUUAGAGUCCUCCGCUAAUUACGGCCCGGGCGUAGCGUUGCCGACUCGGAAUCUGUAGGCCACGAGGGCACACGCUCGAGCGUGGGUCAGCGAGGGUCGUAGGCGUCGGCUGGGCUGACAGGACCCAGUUUACUUCUCGGGGUACCCUGCUCUCCCUGUCACGGUCUCCCCGUGUGUGGCAUCUUUAUAGGAUGUAACUAUGUAGCUCUGAUUGGCCUGGAACAGACUACAUACACCAGACUGGCCUUGACCUCACAGAGCUCUGACUACCUCUGCCUCGUAAGUGCUAUAAUCAAAGAUCAUGGAAAACACCCAGGUUAUUAACUGGGAUGCUGAAGAAGAGGAGGAGACAGAAAUACCCAGUGGGCCCUUGGGGUAUAGCUUGGAGCCUAUAGGGCGGCUACGUCUCUUCAGUAGUACUCAUGGACCAGAAAGAGAUUUCCCACUGUACCUUGGCAAGAAUGUAAUUGGCCGAAGCCCUGACUGCUCUGUGGCCCUGCCUUUUCCAUCCAUCUCUAAACAGCAUGCAGUGAUUGAAAUCUCAGCUUGCAACAAAGCCCCUGUCCUCCAGGAUUGUGGGAGCCUCAAUGGCACUCAACUCGUAAAGCCCCCUAAGGUCCUGACCCCUGGAGUAAGCCAUCGUCUGAGGGACCGGGAAUUAAUUCUGUUUGCAGACUUUCCCUGCCAAUACCAUCGCUUGGAUGUCCCUCCACCUUUGGUCUCUCGGGGACUUCUAACUAUAGAGAAGACUCCCAGAAUACAGGGAGGAUCCCAAGCCUCUAGAGUUUUGUUGGCUGAGGAUUCAGAGGAGGAAAUGGAUUUUCCUUCUGGAAGGUGUGUGGCAAAUGGUUCAAGGAAUACAACGUCCCCCUCAGCAACAGUAGUUCCAGAAAGUGAUGAAGAGGGGUCUUCUCCAGCCCCGAGUGUCCCCGGGACGUCUCUACCCUUGGACUUGGGCAGUGACACAGAUGAAGAACAAGGUCAGCAACCGGCAGUGGGGGGGUCCUCUUCCACUGCCAGGAAUGGCAUCCAGCUGGUACAGGCUCAGCCUGCUGAGCAGAAGUUCAAGGACAUGAAAGUCACGAGUGAAGCAGGCAGUGGAGCGGCUCUGGCUGGGCCGGUUGUGGAGGAGAGCCUCGCUCCUGGGGAGGACAGUGACACAGAGGUGGAUGAAGAACGCCAGCCUUCUGUGGACAGUGGUACAGAUAUGGAAGAAGAGAGGAUCCCUGUGACCCCUCCUGUAGUUCCUGGGAAGAAGAAGAAGAAGAAGAAGAAGAAGCAAGUCCUGCUUGGAGUUGGUACAAGGGAUCCUGGAGCACCUGGAGAGGCACGUCUGCAGGACAGCCCAGCUGGUAGUGACACAGAUGUGGAGGAGGGCAAGAUGCCACUGGCUGCGCCUCAAGAGAGAAACCACACAUCCAUGGUGAUCGACAGCGAUACAGAUGAGGAGGAUGAAGUCUCCGCAGCAUUCACCUUGGCCCAUCUGAAAGAGAGAGGAAUUACUUUGUGGAGCAGAGACCCAGGCAUGGAAGAGGUCAAAUCCCAACCACAGGUCCUUGUAGAACGAAGCCAGAGUGCCUCUGGGAGAGACAGUGACACCGAUGUGGAGGAGGGAAAGAGAGAGAUGGUCCCUGACAGCCCCAUGGACAUAGAUGAAGCUCUUAUUGCCACACACUCAGAGAGCCAGCCUCCCCAUAGACCCAGUGAUGUACAUGAGGAUGUGGAUAUGAGUUCCCCUGGUGGCCAUCUAGAGGGAAGUCAGGCCUCCUCUGCCACAGUAGACAACAGUGGUGCGCAAGAGGGGGAGGAAAUCCUAUCAGAGCCAGCUGUCACCCUGGGGGAGAAGCAGCAGCUCCCUCCAGAGGAAGCCCGGCCUCCUGAGGAGGACUGGGAAACAGCUGUGGAGGAAGGCUCAUCUGUGGCAGAUGUAAGAAAGAGCCAGCAGCCAGUAGCAGAAGAUACUGGGACAGAGUGGGCUGCAGCUGGUUCUGAGCAGGAGGUGGAGGCCCAAAGCAGGCCACCUGCUACACCGGUGGAGCAGGUGAUGGUGUAUACAGGUACUCCAGGGGCUCCUACCCAGCCACAGAGAGAGGAAGCCCAGACCCCCACAGGAAGGGAGAAAGGAGCACAGAUGGACAGGACCCAGACUGCCAAAGACUGCUGUGAAGAAUCUGAAGAUCUGUGUCUUCCAGCUACCCAGUGCUUUGUAAAAAGGGAGAGCCAGAGCUCAGAAGCUGUCCAGAGUUUGGAAGAUGAGCCUACCCAGGUCUUCUCAUGUAUUCUUCCCCAAGAGCCUGGACCUUCUCAUGCUAGUCUUCAGACUCCAGGUCCUGGUGCCCUGGAUGUGCCUUGGGAAGUCUUGGCUACACAGCCGUUUUGUCUGAGAGAACCUGAGGCCUCUGAACCCCAGCUCAUUGCCACCCACCUCGAAGCUCAGGGAUCUAGUCCAUCUCCAGCUAGUGCACCACCAGGACACCAGCAUCUGGUUCACACAGAGCUCUUGCGACUUGAAGACAGAGAGACCCAGACUGUGGAGAAAGCCAUAGGCCACUUGAGUUUCGAGAUGACAGCUGCUGAAACAGCUUCCAAGGGUGAUCCAGAACCCCCAGCCCAUUGCCUGCUUUCUCCGGUGCCUGAAGCUUCAGCUCCACCUCAAAGUCUCCUCAUCUCUCAGAGCCAAAAGCAAUCUACACCUCAGCCUCUGUUUUUGACGUCUUCCCCUUCUGAGAUACAGCUUCCUGGGACUCUUCAUACAAAGCCUAACGUCAGGCCACGGCGGUCUUCCAGGAUGACUCCCUCCCCACAUUCCUCUGCUGCCCCUAGACCAGCAUCUCGAACCACUCGAGGCAGGGCAAACAGGUCCUCUACCAGGACCCCAGAACCGACUCUCCCUCCAGACUCGGAACUCCAGUCCCCUGCCUCCACAGAACAGCCUGUCAUACCCAAACCCACAUCUCAGGUCACUCAGGGCAGCACAGAUGGUCCCUUCGUUAACACACCUGAACCAGUUGUUCUCAAAGGUCCUGAAAUCCAGCCUCCCACCUCCACAGAACAGCCUGUUAACCCACAUUCCACACCUAGGGCUACUCGGGGCAGGCCACGUAAGUCUUCUGUCAGAACCCCAGAACCAAUUGUCCCCAUUGUCUCUGAACUCCAGCCACCCACCUCCACAGAACAGCCUGUCACCCCUAAACCCACAUCUCAGUCCUCUCAGGGCAGGUCAAGUAAGUCUGUCAAGACACCAAAACCAAUUGUCCCCACUGGCCCUGAACUCCAGCCACCCACCUCCACAGAACAGCCUGUCACCCCUAAACCCACAUCUCGGGGCAGACCACGUAAAUUUUCUAUCAGGACCCCAGAACCAGUUGUCCCCCCUGGUCCUGAACUCCAGCCACCCACCUCCACAGAACAGCCUGUCGCCCCUAAGCCCUCAUCUCAGGGCAGGACACAUAGGUCUUCCGUCAGAACUCCUGAGGCAAGUAUUCCCACAACCUCUGAACUCCAGUCGUUCACCUCUAGAGAACAGCCUGCUCACAAGCCCACAGCUCUGGGCACUCGGGGAAGGAGAUGUAAGGCCUCCAGUGAGGAUUCUGAAUCAGUUGGACCAGUAGCCCCUGAUUUUGACCCUCCCAUCUCCAAAGACCAUCUUGUUACCCCUGAGGUGACAGGUCAGAGCAUAACACUAAAGUCUUUACCACUAAGUGCUCCCCCAGUUUCCACUACCCCUAAACUCCAGCCUCCUGUCCCCACAGCCCAGCCUGUUCCCCUGGAGCCUAUUCCUCCAGCUAGUCACCGAAGGAGGCGGAAGGCUGCUGGAAAACUGGGCUCCCACACAGUUCCCAUUGGCCACGAGCCUUACUCUGCACCCUCUGAACCUGAGUCCCAAUCUUCCCCCAGCCAAGGCUCAGGGGCAUUAGAAACAGUCACUCCUGAGCCUGCUGUUCCCCAGGUUCCAGAGACCCCCACUCACAGUCCUCUGAUGCAAAAUGAAGCAGCUGGGAGAUCAGGGCCUGUUCUGGAGCCCCAGCCUGAGAGUUCUCGAGUCCGCAAGAAGCCUUCCACUACCACAGACUCACCAGUUCAAAAACGUCCCCGAAGACGAGUUCCCCAGAAGACCACAGAACCCAAGGAAGAAGAUCUUGCAGAAACUCAAGUGAAGGAGGAGACUCAGGAGAGAGCAAUUCCAAUACCAGACAAGAGAAAGAGGCACCAUGCAGAAGAUGAGACCCAAGGAAACCCAAGUCGAAGCCGGCGGGCUAAGCCUAACCAAGAAGCAGCAGCCCCCAAGGUACUGUUCACAGGCGUCGUGGAUUCUCGUGGAGAGCGUGCAGUCCUGGCUCUGGGAGGCAGUCUGGCCAGCUCAGUAAAUGAGGCCUCCCACUUGGUCACUGAUCGCAUCCGCAGGACAGUCAAGUUCUUGUGUGCCCUGGGGAAGGGGAUCCCCAUCCUCUCCCUGAACUGGCUGUAUCAGUCUAGAAAGGCAGGUUGUUUCUUGCCACCAGAUGACUACUUGGUGACUGAUCCUGAACAAGAGAAGAAUUUUAGCUUCAGCCUUCGGGAUGCCUUGAGCCGGGCUCGGGAGCGAAGACUGCUGGAGGGCUACGAGAUUCAUGUGACCCCUGGAGUGCAGCCACCCCCACCUCAGAUGGGUGAGAUCAUCAGCUGCUGUGGAGGCACAAUCCUGCCCAGCAUGCCACAUUCCUAUAAGCCUCAUCGAGUCGUCAUAACUUGCACUGAAGACCUUCCUCGCUGUGCAAUUCCAUCUCGCCUGGGGCUCCCUCUCCUCUCUUCUGAGUUCCUACUGACUGGAGUGCUAAAGCAGGAAGCCACCCCAGAGGCCUUUGUCCUCUCCAAUUUGGAAAUGUCAUCUACCUAAAAAGAAAAAGAAAAUCUACCAGCUAACACUCGAAGAAGGAAGAAGUACACACACACACACACACACACACACACACACACACACACAAU